AGCUGGAAGAGCAGAGCCUGGGCUCGCAGCUCCCCUCGGCCGAGCGCAGGCACGGUCCCCGCUGCGCCAGCCCUGACCCCCCGGCCGCCCGCUCAGCAAUGAGGGUCCUGAGCUCACGCUUUCGGGUGUUACUAGCCUGCCUCGCCCUGGUGCUCCCCGUCUCAGAGACAAACUUCUUGUCAAAAGAACGUGCUUCACAAGUCCUGGUGAGAAAGCGCCGUGCAAAUAACUUGAUCGAAGAAACCAAACAGGGCAACCUUGAAAGAGAGUGCAUUGAAGAACUCUGCAAUAAGGAGGAAGCCAGGGAGGUCUUUGAAAACAAUGCUGAAACGGAUUAUUUUUAUCCAAAAUACUUAGCUUGCUUGGGUGACUUCCGUGUUGGCUCAUUCAGUGCUUCAAGGCUUUCAGCUAAUGCUUACCUUGACCUCCGGAGCUGUGUCAACGCCAUCCCAGACCAGUGUGACCCUAUGCCAUGCAAUAAAGAUGGGUAUCUGAGCUGCAAAGAUGGGCAAGCUGCCUUCACUUGCAUCUGCAAACCAGGGUGGCACGGAGACAGGUGUCAGUUUGAUGUAAACGAAUGUAAAGAUCCGAUGAAUGUCAAUGGAGGCUGCAGCCAGAUUUGUGACAACACUCCUGGAAGUUACCACUGCUCUUGUAAAACUGGCUUUGCUAUGCUUGCAAAUAAGAAAGACUGCAAAGAUAUGGAUGAAUGCUUUCUAAUGCCAAGUAUCUGUGGCACAGCCAUGUGCAAGAACAUUCCAGGAGACUUCGAAUGUGAAUGUCCCGAUGGCUACAGAUAUGAUCCCUCAUCAAAAUCUUGUAAAGAUGUGGAUGAAUGCUCUGAGAACAUGUGUGCUCAACUGUGCGUCAAUUACCCCGGAGGCUACUCUUGUUACUGUGAUGGGAAGAAAGGAUUCAAACUUGCCCAAGAUCAGAAGAGUUGUGAGGGGAUUCCAGUGUGUCUUUCCUUGGAUCUUGACAAAAAUUAUGAAUUAUUAUAUUUGGCUGAGCAGUUUGCGGGAGUUGUCUUAUAUCUAAAAUUUCGAUUGCCAGAUAUCACCAGGUUUUCAGCUGAAUUUGAUUUCCGGACAUUUGACUCAGAAGGCAUCAUACUGUAUGCAGAGUCUCUCGAUCACUCAAAUUGGCUCCUGAUUGCACUUCGUGAUGGAAAGAUUGAAGUCCAGUUUAAGAAUGAGUUUUCGACCCAAAUCACAACUGGAGGCAAUGUUAUUAACAAUGGUAUAUGGAAUAUGGUGUCUGUGGAAGAAUUAGACGACAGUGUUAGCAUUAAAAUAGCUAAGGAGGCUGUGAUGAAUAUAAAUAAACUCGGGAACCUUUUUAAGCCUACCGAUGGAUUUCUGGACACCAAAAUAUACUUUGCAGGCUUACCUCGGAAGGUGGAGAGCUCACUCAUUAAACCGAUUAAUCCUCGUCUGGAUGGGUGUAUACGAGGCUGGAAUUUGAUGAAACAAGGAGCUUUGGGCGCAAAGGAAAUAAUUGAAGGAAAACAAAAUAAGCAUUGCUUCCUCUCGGUGGAGAAGGGCUCCUACUAUCCUGGUUCGGGAAUUGCCCAAUUCAACAUAGACUACAAUAACAUAACUAAUGCAGAGGGUUGGCAAGUGAAUGUGACCUUGAAUAUUCGCCCGUCCACUGGCACUGGAGUCAUGCUUGCUUUGGUUUCUGGGGACACAGUGCCCUUUGCCUUGUCCUUGGUGGAUUCUGGCUCUGGAUCUUCUCAGGAUAUUCUGCUAUUUGUUGAAAAUUCAGUGGCGGCUCGAUUAGAGGCCAUAACUCUGUGCUCGGAUCAGCAAUCCCAACUGAAAUGUAACGUUAACAGAAAUGGACUGGAACUGUGGACCCCUCUUAGAAAAGAUGUCAUUUACUCGAAAGAUCUUCAAAGGCAACUCAACGUCUUGGACAAAGCAAUGAAAGGAACCGUGGCCACUUACCUGGGUGGCAUUCCAGAUAUUUCCUUCAGUGCCACACCAGUGAACGCCUUUUACAGCGGCUGCAUGGAAGUGAACAUCAACGGUAUGCAGCUGGAUCUGGAUGAAGCCGUUUCUAAACAUAAUGACAUUAGAGCUCACUCGUGUCCGUCCGUGAAGAAAACCCAGAAGAACUUCUAAAGUCUGUUUUCUGUGCUUAUCAUGUCUCUUUUGGUGUUGUUGUAAUUGUGGUCACGUUCCUAUCACCAGCUGGCAGGUGUUACCUGUGAUGUGCAAAGUUUAAAUGUGACGUGGUACUUCGUCCUUCAGAUUUUUGUUAUAUAAAUCACAGUUUUGAAAAGUCUUGCACUCACUGUUAUCUAGAAAUUAAAUAACGAAACAUUUAAAUUUCAAUUUAUUUCCUAUAAUAAAUGACACUGCUUCAGUUUUUUAUUUUAAAAGUAAGGUUCGUCAUCAUGGAACUAGUAUUUAAAUGUCCUGUUUUUCUCAGAAGACGAAUCAGUUAAACCCAAACAAAAGCUCACGUGACUAAAUGUUAACAGUGGGAGAGAGACACUGGAUUUUUGGUGUUGCUUUUUGCCUUGUGAAAGUGACAGAGCUGAUAGCAUACGGAAGAUGAAUGGGAUGGAAGGUCUCAAAGCUUUAUUCCAAAGUAAUUCCUUGGAGUGGGGAGCACCUAGUUUAGGCUUCAUUUUUCUUUUACCUGGCUUUACACGUGAGCCAACACCUUCACUGAAUUAGAGAACAAAGGCAGAGUUUCACAGGAGCAGCACAUGAAUAUUGUCUCAAAGGCAUUGGUUUCUAUUAGAGACAUCAGGUUAUGCCAUAAGGGGCGUGAACAUUGGGUGGACACAUCACUCAACAUAGGCUGUUUAGCGCAUACAAGGUCAGAGUCAGAAAGGCAGCCAUCCUUAAUGGUGGGAAGGAAAGUGACCACAUCGGGAAAUUCAUAGUUGUCCUUCCACAUUGGGUUUUAAUUACUAUAGGUGGCUUGAGUGUGAUUGUUGAAGUUAAAAAAGUGAUGAAAAGUAGAGUGGAUUGUUAACAAAAGGAUAAUGAUAAGAGGGACGCUGGAUAUUGUUCCAUGCUCUGUCUUUGUAAUGACAGAAGUACGGAGGUAAGAUGGUCCAAUAUUUGUUGACUGUGCAUUGCAAGUGGCAGGCCACUUUGUUGUUCUCCUGGAAUCGACGGUCAGGUCAUUUCAGGUGUGCGUCGGACACGUCAUUGCCGUUUGAGAAAUGGAAUUUUAUUUUGCUGUAGAUAUUUUGCAUCACGUGAAACAUAAUAAAAUGAUAUUUUUAAAAUACACAAACAAUUUAUUUAUUGAAACAACUCAUAGCAUAAAGCUAGAGAAUGUCUGUCUAAGUCUUCACAGAGCAUGGUGGAACUCGAGCUGAAAGACUAGAAAUCUUAAACCCUUGAUGAGUAGUUGUGAUGGUAGUAGGAUGGGGCUCAGGAAGGGAGGGAGAGCAAGAGUAACACAUCUGAGUACCUUUAGCCUGGGUAGAUCACUGCAGAGUGUAACUUUCCUCCCACUAUUUGUGAUAGGUGAUCAAGAAUACGUGUCUGCUGAUUAUGCUGGUGUAAAAAGAGAAGGAUGGGACUGAGAUGGCAUUUGAGGGGAUAAAGUGUGUGUUGUACAAUAAAGAGGACAAAUUGUGUUAGGGAUUUGGCACUCAAAAAAUACCAGGUGUGGCCGGGCAGUAGUGGCACACGCCUUUAAUCCCAGGACUUGGGAGGCACAGGCAGGCAGAUUUCUGAGUUUGAGGCCAGCCUGGUCUACAAUGUGAGUUCCAGGACAGCCAGUGCUACACAGAGAAACCCUGUCUGGAAAAACCAAUAAAUAAAUAAAUAAAUAAAUAAAUAAAUAAACAAACAAACCUACCUUAAAUAGUGUUUUGGGGGAAAAAAAAUACCAGGUGUGGUGCCCUUUAUUUCAACAUCCAGAACUGGUGGAGAGAAGCAGAAACAGGUAGUAGAUUGCAGGGGCUCGGUGGCUGCCAAGGCAGCAGAAAUUAGCUUAAGGUCCAGUAAGAAAGUAGUAUCUCAAAAAUUAAGAUGACAAUCAAGAAAGGUAGUCAGUGUCUCCACAAUUGCAUGAACCCCCCCUCCCCACUCCACACACAUACACACUCAAUACAGAGGAAGAAAAUGGUGCAUGUGAUCAAAAUGCUUUAUGUACAUGCAUGGAAUGUGAUAAUGAAACAGAAUUAUGCAUACUUCGUUAAAAUAUGCUAAUAAAAUGAAGGCACAAGAAAAUCUC